CCGCCGCCGUCCCCGCGCCCUGGUGCCUGUUGCUGCCGCCGCCGCCGCGGGAUCCGCCGUGUCCUCGGCUGGGUGGAGGAGAGGCGGGAGCCCUCUCGGCUCCCCGCGGCGGGAAAAGCGCAGCCGGCCCGGCACGAUGCGGGCCCCGCCCGCCCAGGCCUUCCCCGGGCUGCCCCCGAGCACCUGCGCGCCCCGGCCGGGCCCCGCACUCUGAGCGCGCCGCGAUACAGGAUUCUGCAUCAGAAGCAUGUAAAAUAGAUAGCUUGGUCUAGAAUAGAAAACAGUGGCAGCGUUUGGCCGAGUUUCCCAACAUGGAACCGAUAACGUUCACAGCGAGGAAACAUCUGUUUCCUACUGAUGCCUCGGUGGACUUCGGCCUCCAGCUGGUGGGCUCCCUGGCGGUGCACUCUCUGACCACCAUGCCCAUGCUGCCUUGGGUCGUGGCGGAGGUGCGGAGGCUCAGCGGGCAGUCCUCCAGAAAGGAGCCUGGUACCAAGCAAGUCCGCCUUGCUGUUUCGCCCUCUGGACUGAGAUGUGAGCCUGAGCCGGGGAAGAGUCAACAGUGGGACCCGCUGAUCUGCUCCAGCAUCUUCGAGUGUAAGCCUCAGCACGUUCACAAACUGAUCCAUAACAGUCACGACCCAAGUUAUUUUGCUUGUCUGAUUAAAGACAAGGCAGCCCAUCAGCAGAGUAUCUGCUACGUGUUCAAAGCCGACGAUCAAACAAAAGUGCCUGAGAUCAUCAGCUCCAUCCGACAGGCCGGGAAGAUCGCCCGCCAGGAGGAGCUCCGUUGCCCGUCGGAGUUUGAUGACACCUUCGCCAAGAAGUUCGAGGUGCUGUUCUGCGGCCGCGUGGCGGUGGCGCACCGGAAGGCCCCGCCCGCCCUGAUCGACGAAUGCAUCGAGGGCUUCAGUCACGUCUGCGGCAGCUCCCGGGGCUGGGAGACUGCGCCCCCCGCCCCCGCCCCCGCCGGAGGCUUUUCCUUGUCGGAUAAAUUCCUGUCUGUGCUGCAGCCGGCUGCUGAUGCCGAGCAGGGCCCGCGGCCGAUGCGCAAGUCCUUCUCCCAGCCAGGGCUGCGCUCCCUGGCCUUCAGGAAGGAGUUUCAAGAUGCAAGCCUGCGAAGUAGUAGUUUUUUCAGCUCUUUUGAGGAAAACGACAUUGAGAACCACCUAAUUAGUGGACACAAUAUUGUGCAGCCGACAGAUAUUGAGGAAAAUCGAACUAUGCUCUUCACGAUUGGUCAAUCGGAAGUUUACCUCAUCAGUCCUGACACCAAAAAAAUAGCGUUGGAGAAAAAUUUUAAGGAGAUAUCCUUUUGCUCUCAGGGUAUUAGGCACGUGGACCACUUUGGGUUUAUCUGCCGAGAGUCUUCAGGAGGUGGAGGCUUUCAUUUCGUCUGUUACGUGUUUCAGUGCACAAACGAGGCUCUGGUUGAUGAAAUCAUGAUGACUCUGAAGCAGGCCUUCACGGUGGCUGCGGUGCAGCGGACGGCCAGGGCGCCGGCCCAGCUGUGUGAGGGCUGCCCCCUGCAGGGUCUGCACAAGCUCUGUGAGCGGAUCGAGGGAAUGAAUUCUUCCAAAACCAAACUAGAACUCCAGAAGCACCUGACAACGUUAACGAAUCAGGAGCAAGCGACAAUUUUUGAAGAGGUUCAGAAAUUGAGACCAAGAAAUGAGCAGCGAGAGAAUGAAUUGAUUAUUUCUUUCUUGAGAUGUUUAUAUGAAGAGAAACAAAAAGUUCAUGUCCAUGUUGGGGAGGUAAAGCAGACAUCACAGAUUGUGGCAGAGAAUAUUGGAAGUGAAUUGCCAUCUAGUGCCACUCGAUUUAGGCUAGAUAUGCUGAAGAACAAAGCAAAGAAAUCUUUAACAGAGUCUUUAGAAAGUAUUUUGUCCCGGGGUAAUAAAGCCAAAGGCCUGCAGGAGCACUCCGCCAAUCUGGACUUGGACAGCUCGGCGUCUAGCACGUUAAGUAACACCAGCAAGGAGCCGUCUGUGUGUGAGAAGGAGGCCUUGCCGAUCUCCGAGAGCUCCUUCAGGCUCCUCGGCUCCUCGGAUGACCUGUCCAGUGACUCGGAGGACCACCCCGCGGAAGAGCUCGCCCCGCUGUCACCUCAGCGGGGCUUCAGAAGGCGUGCCAACACCCUGAGCCACGUCCCAGUGGAGUGCCAGGAGCCCCCGGAGCCUGCCAAGGGGUCCCCAGGGGUCUCGCAGAGGAAACUUGUGAGGUAUCACUCAGUGAGCACAGAGACGCCUCAUGAACGGAAUGGGAAUCAUCCACCUGUUGGCGAGUCUAAAAGUCGCUCAGGUCAGUCUUCAGCUCCUGCUCCUCCACCUCGUCUUAACCCCUCUGCCUCCUCGCCCAAUUUCUUUAAGUACCUCAAACAUAACUCCAGUGGAGAACAGAGUGGGAAUGCGGUGCCCAAGAGCAUCUCCUACCGUAAUGCCCUGCGGAAAAAACUUCAUUCUUCUUCCUCUGUGCCAAAUUUUCUAAAAUUUCUGGCUCCUGUAGAUGAAAAUAACACCUCUGACUUUAUGAACACAAAAAGGGACUUUGAGUCUAAAGACAACCAUCUCAGUGACGCCAGUGGGACCCCUGUGAAGACACGGAGACACUCGUGGAGGCAGCAGAUCUUCCUUCGCGUGGCCACCCCACAGAAAGCGUGCGAGUCUCCCGGCAGAUAUGAAGAUUAUUCAGAGCUGGGAGAGCUUCCCCCACGAUCUCCUCUUGAGCCAGUUUGUGAAGAUGGACCCUUUGGCCCCGUCCCAGAAGAAAAGAAAAGGACGUCUCGUGAACUCCGAGAGCUGUGGCAAAAGGCCAUUCUGCAACAGAUAUUGCUCCUCAGGAUGGAGAAGGAAAAUCAGAAGCUGCAAGCCUCUGAAAAUGAUUUGCUGAACAAGCGCCUGAAGCUUGAUUAUGAAGAAAUCACUCCUUGUCUUAAAGAAGUAACUACAGUAUGGGAAAAGAUGCUUGCCACUCCAGGAAGAUCGAAAAUCAAGUUUGACAUGGAAAAAAUGCACUCGGCUGUUGGGCAAGGUGUGCCACGGCAUCACCGGGGUGAAAUCUGGAAAUUCCUCGCGGAGCAACACCACCUGAAGCACCAGUUUCCCAGCAAACAGCAGCCGAAGGACACACCAUACAAAGAGCUCUUAAAACAGCUCACCUCCCAGCAGCACGCGAUUCUCAUCGACCUCGGGAGAACUUUUCCAACCCAUCCGUACUUCUCCGCCCAGCUGGGUGCGGGGCAGCUGUCACUCUACAACAUUUUGAAGGCCUACUCGCUUCUAGACCAGGAAGUGGGCUACUGCCAAGGUCUCAGCUUCGUGGCAGGCAUCUUGCUGCUUCAUAUGGGCGAAGAAGAAGCGUUUAACAUGCUCAAGUUCCUGAUGUUUGACAUGGGACUGCGGAAGCAGUAUCGGCCGGACAUGAUUAUUUUACAGAUCCAGAUGUACCAGCUCUCCAGGCUCCUCCACGAUUACCACCGAGACCUCUACAACCACCUGGAGGAGCACGAGAUCGGCCCCAGCUUGUACGCCGCGCCCUGGUUCCUCACUGUGUUUGCCUCCCAGUUCCCGCUGGGAUUCGUGGCCAGAGUCUUCGAUAUGAUCUUUCUUCAGGGAUCAGAGGUCAUAUUUAAAGUGGCUUUAAGUCUGUUGGGAAGUCAUAAGCCCUUGAUUCUGCAGCACGAAAACCUAGAAACCAUAGUUGACUUUAUUAAAAGCACACUCCCCAACCUGGGCUUGGUGCAGAUGGAAAAGACCAUCAGUCAGGUGUUUGAGAUGGACAUCUCAAAACAGCUACAAGCUUACGAAGUUGAGUACCAUGUGCUUCAAGAAGAACUUAUCGAUUCCUCUCCUCUCAGUGACAACCAAAGAAUGGACAAAUUAGAGAAAACCAACAGCAGCUUACGCAAACAGAACCUUGACCUCCUGGAACAACUGCAGGUGGCGAAUGGGAGGAUCCAAAGCCUCGAAGCCACCAUUGAGAGGCUCCUGACCAGUGAGAGCAAGCUGAAGCAGGCCACCCUGGCCUUAGAGCUGGAGCGGUCGGCCCUGCUGCAGACGGUGGCGCAGCUCCAGGGGCAGAUGGCGGAGCUGAGCGGCCCGGAGCCUGAGCACGCACCGCCCGAGCCCGUGGGCGACUGACCGUCAUCGCCCAGCUCCGUGGGAGACGUGGCCGCCACCCGAACACUGUCCAGGCCUUAACUGAGAGAGACGGACGGAAGACGCUGGAGGGAGAGAGCGGAGCGUGGCGCGUGCUUCUCAGGGAGGACGCUGGCUUGCCGGCAUCCAGAGUCUUCUGGGCUGAGACUUGCGGCACCUGGGCAAAUGCCCCGGUGUUCUUGUUGUUGUUUAGGUUCUGAUUCGUCCCUUCUCCAGUCCUGAUUUCUGUACUCGGUAGAUUUAGAUGGCGUGGACACCAAUAAAUGCACCUUUAUGUUC